AGGAGGAGAUGCAGAGACAGCCCUGCGUCUCCCCACGUGACCACGCCGGCGACAGGACAUGCACGGGCACAGCCGCAACGGGCAGGCCCACGUGCCCCGGCGGAAACGCCGCAACCGCUUCGUCAAGAAGAACGGCCAAUGCAACGUGUACUUCGCCAACCUGAGCAACAAGUCGCAGCGCUACAUGGCGGACAUCUUCACGACGUGCGUGGACACACGCUGGCGCUACAUGCUCAUGAUCUUCUCUGCGGCCUUCCUGGUCUCCUGGCUCUUCUUCGGCCUCCUCUUCUGGUGCAUUGCCUUCUUCCACGGUGACCUGGAGGCCGGCGCCGUGGGGCCCUCGGCGGCCGGGGGCGGGGCCGCCCCCGUGGCCCCCAAGCCCUGCAUCAUGCACGUGAACGGCUUCCUGGGCGCCUUCCUGUUCUCCGUGGAGACGCAGACCACCAUCGGCUACGGCUUCCGGUGCGUGACGGAGGAGUGCCCCCUGGCCGUGAUCGCCGUGGUGGUGCAGUCCAUCGUGGGCUGCGUCAUCGACUCCUUCAUGAUCGGCACCAUCAUGGCCAAGAUGGCCCGGCCCAAGAAGCGCGCGCAGACGCUGCUCUUCAGCCACCACGCGGUCAUCUCGGUGCGCGACGGCAAGCUCUGCCUCAUGUGGCGCGUGGGCAACCUGCGCAAGAGCCACAUCGUGGAGGCCCACGUGCGCGCGCAGCUCAUCAAGCCCUACAUGACGCAGGAGGGCGAGUACCUGCCGCUGGACCAGCGGGACCUCAACGUGGGCUACGACAUCGGCCUGGACCGCAUCUUCCUGGUGUCGCCCAUCAUCAUCGUGCACGAGAUCGACGAGGACAGCCCGCUCUACGGCAUGGGCAAGGAGGAGCUGGAGGCCGAGGACUUCGAGAUCGUGGUCAUCCUGGAGGGCAUGGUGGAGGCCACGGCCAUGACCACCCAGGCCCGCAGCUCCUACCUGGCCAGCGAGAUCCUGUGGGGCCACCGCUUCGAGCCCGUGGUCUUCGAGGAGAAGAGCCACUACAAGGUGGACUACUCGCGCUUCCACAAGACCUACGAGGUGGCGGGCACGCCCUGCUGCUCUGCCCGUGCGCUGCAGGAGAGCAAGAUCACCGUGCUGCCCGCCCCGCCGCCCCCGCCCAGUGCCUUCUGCUACGAGAACGAGCUAGCCCUCCUGAGCCAGGAGGAAGAGGAGAUGGAGGAGGAGGCUGCGGCGGCGGUGGCCGCUGGCCUGGGCCUGGAGGCGGGCUCCAAGGAGGAGGCGGGCAUCAUCCGGAUGCUGGAGUUCGGCAGCCACCUGGAUCUGGAGCGCAUGCAGGCCACGCUGCCCCUGGACAACAUCUCCUACCGCAGGGAGUCGGCCAUCUGACCUCCGGGCCCGCCCUCGCCGCUUCCGCCCUCGCCCCUGCCGGGGGGGUGAGGCCACCUCCACCCACACUCAGGACAGAGCGGACCCUGGCUCCCUGGACCUUCUGGAGGGAGGCGGGGGCUUCGAGGACUGGGAGACCCUCUUCCCGCCCGCCCCAGAGCACAGGCUGAAGUGAGCUGGGCCAAAGCGGCCCCGGUCACCCCAGCCCCUUUCCCCCUUGGGGCCCCUUUGUUCUCAGGACCUUGGGGAAGGCGGUUGGACUGCUGGGAGGGUGGGCGUCAGGGGU